UAUUACAGAAAAUAAAAUUAGUGCUUUAGAUACAACCUUGAGUCCUUUCUGCGUUUUGCUUUUGCGCGUGUUUUAUUUUUUAUUUAAUUACCCACCAAAUUUUUGUGCUGUAGUAUCGAAUUGUCACUGAAGCUCUUGUUUUUUGUUUCCAUUUCUCUUGAUAACACCCCUGUGGCGGCGCACUGAUUACAGUGCUCAAGGUAGAAUUGAUCAAAAUGCCGCCAGCACUCAUUGGUAUAUCGGAGUUUGUGGAAGAGACUCGAGAUGAUUAUAAUUCGCCUACAACGUCAAAAUUUGCAACCAGAAUGCCGGAUUGUCGUCAAACAAUUUCAGUACUGGAAGAGCGUCUGGAAUUCGAUCGAGAAGGGCUAGCAAAACUUAAAAAAGCUGUUAAGGCAAUACACAAUUCCGGCAAUACUCAUGUUGACAAUGAAAUGUUCUUGGUGCGCGCUUUGGAACGACUAGGUGGAAAAGUUAUAGAAGAUGAACCUGAUAUUGGAGCCGCAUUUUUGAAAUUCUCUGUAGUUACUAAAGAAUUAAGUGCAUUAAUGAAAACAUUGAUGCAAAAUAUCAACAAUAUUGUCAUGUUUCCGGUUGAUUCAAUGCUGAAAAGUGAAUUGCGUGGCGUCAAGGGUGAAAUGAAAAGGCCUUUUGAUAAGGCAGCCAAGGAUUAUGAAGCCAAAUUUAUUAAAAUUGAAAAAGAGAAAAAAGCGCAGGCGAAGGAGGCAGGUAUGGUUCGAACGGAAAUUGAUGCUGCGGUUGUUGCAGAUGAGAUGGAAAAGGAACGACGUCUGUAUCAAUUGCAGGCUUGCGAGUAUUUAUUGAAAUAUAAAGAAAUCAAAACGAAGACCGGCAUUGAAUUGUUACAACAUUUUAUAGAGUAUUACCAUGCGCUUAAUAAUUAUUUCAAGGAUGGCCUUCAAACCAUUGAACACUUUGGUACCUACAUCACUGACUUAAGCGAAAGAUUACAAACGAUUAAGCAAAAACAGGACGAAGAUCGCCGUAGUUUACUUGAUUUGCGAACAUUAUUACGUAGCACUCCAGAUUUUGAGCGUGUGGAAAAUGUGCCAACAGAAAAAGGUGGGAGUACCGGUUAUUCUUUACAUCAAUUGCAAGGCGAUAAGCAUCACGGAGUUACACGUUCAGGUCAUCUAUUGAAGAAGAGCGAGGGCAAAGUACGUCGCGUUUGGCAGAAGCGUCGAUGUCGUGUGACAAGUGAUGGAUUUCUAGAUAUUUGUCAUGCAGAUGAAACAAAACCACCAACACGUGUCAAUUUAUUGACAUGCCAAAUCAAACCAGUGCCCGAUGAUAAACGGGGCUUUGAUUUAAUAAGCUAUAAUCGUCCAUAUCACUUUCAAGCCGAAGAUGAAGUAGAUCAAAAAGCUUGGAUGGCUGUUUUAGUAAAUUGUAAAGAAAAAGCUCUAGCUAAAGCAUUCCAACAUGCCAAUCCCCAAAUGAGUCCUAGUUUAGUAGAGCUUCAAAAGACUGUUAUAAGAUACGUCCAAAUGUUACCAGGCAACGAUCAGUGUUGUGAUUGUGGCUCAAGAAACGAUGUCACUUGGAUAAGUUUGAAUUUUGGUGUACUUGUUUGUAUUCAAUGUUCUGGAGUACAUAGAGACUUAGGCGUGCAUCACUCUCGCAUACAAAGUUUAACAUUAGAUAAUUUAACAACUGCAAAUUUAUUAAUUGCUAGAGCAAUGGGCAAUCAUACUCUCAAUGAAAUAAUGGAAGCCACCUUAGGCAAAGGCAAACUCCAUCCUGAAAGCACUAUGGAACAACGUUACGAUUUUAUACGUGCCAAGUAUGUUGCUAAACGAUAUGUGAUGCGUACCUGCGCUGAUGAUAAUGAUUUACGUUGCGAUCUAGAACAAGCAAUUGUAAAUGCUGAUAUGAGCCAAUUGUUACAAGUAUGGGCAGAAGGGGCUGAUCUCACUUGUUGUUUGCCAUCUUCAGAUGCCGGCGAGACGGCUUUGCAUUUAGCUGUACUACGGGAAAUGGGCUCCACAUUACAUAUUGUAGAUUUCCUUAUACAAAAUAUGCCACCAAAGGGUUUAAAUAAAGCAACAAAUCCACCUGGCCUCUUAGAUGUUACUGGAAAAAAUACUGCUUUGCAUUUGUGUGCUUUACAUGAUCGUCGCGAAUGUAUGAAGUUAUUAUUGCGUUCUGGAGCAGAUUUCGAAUUAAGAAACUCGCAAAAUAAAACAGCGCUGGAUAUUGCCAAAGAGAUGGGACAUAAUGGCUGCAAAGAACUGAUUGAAUGUGCCAUUAAACGUGAAAAAAGCGCUUUCGAUCAUAUUAAUACUGAUUGGAACUUACCGAAUGAAGAUGGUUCAACCGAUUUUUCAGAUGAUGAUACAGUUAUUGAUGAAAGAAAAUCACGUUCACGUCCACCAAGUUUUGCAGGUGGUGAUUCGCCAGUAUUACGUUCACGUUCCUCAACUUGUGAUUCUAUACAAAGCGGUUCUAGUCCAAUUGCCAAUUGCCCUACACGACAAUUUACUUUACCAACCGGAGUACCCAAUUAUAAUCAAUCUGCUGGUACCUCACCUAAGCAACAUAUUUCGAUGGCACAAUACUUAAGUGGUAGUGGCAGUGCUGGUGGUGGUUCAAGUCCAAGUUCCGCUUCUAGCCAAAGUAUGCGUGGCGCACGCACUGCUGUUGCAAAUGAGUUGGCACAUGUUACGGGUGCAAGGAAAUCUACAUCUACAGCAAAUAUGAAUUCACUAAAGAAACGUACUGCACCAGCACCACCACCGGGUUCAACCUCUAGUUCAUUUUAUGGUACACUACCGCAUCCACCAAGACAUUCCCAAAAUUUUGAUUCGAACGAUAUACGUACGAUAAAUCACAAAAAUCAAUCAAUCGACGUUGUGUAUGGUACAUUACCGCAUUUACGUUCAGUCGAUAGCAGUCCACGUAUUAGUGGCGGUGGAUCACAUGGUUAUUAUGAACGAUUUGAUAAAUCAUUAUCACAAGAUCCGGCUGGUGGCAUUAAUAACAUACCUACCAUGACUACAUUCGGCCAUAAACGUUCACCUAGUGGUGAAUCCCUGAAUCGAAAUUUCCAUUUAGCUGGUGCCAAAUUGGUUUUACCUCCUGCUGGUGAGAUUCCUACACUUAAACACGUAGACAAAUCAGGAUUGACAAGACCAAAAAUACCUCCACCUGGUCCACCACCAGAACGUGAUAUAGCAAACGGACAAUCAAAUGAAAGUAUUUGUUCUUUGGAUGAAGGUCCUAUAGCACCACCUCGAAAGCUAAUAAAUCAAUCAGCAAAUUUUUCGGAAUUUGAAACAUGGAAUACAGAUAUGGAUUCUUCAGGAGGUGGCUUAGAUCAUUCAGCCGAAUCAAAUAUUUCAUCUAGCGAUAAUGAUCGGAUUAAUUCAUCACCUGAUAAUCAACUAAAAAGCAUGUCUGGAAAAUACAAUUUUAAUGGGCAUAGGCGUUGUCGCGCUCUCUAUGAUUGUGCCGCAGACAAUGACGAUGAAUUAGAAUUUAAAGAAGGUGAAAUUUUAAUCGUACUCAACGAACGUACAGACGAUGAGAAUUGGAUGGAAGGUAUUAUCGAAGGUGAUCCUACACGUCGUGGCAUGUUUCCUGUUAGUUUCGUACAUAUGUUGCCGGACUAAAUUAAAAUUGAUAAAUAAUAAUUUUAUAGAAUUAAUAACAAAUGUAAUUGUUUUCCUAACCUACUCAAUCACAUAUACUAUUAUAAUAUAUUGAUGUUAGUGUAUUUUAAAGUGUGUGUGUUGUAAAACCGCUUACAUAAAUGUAAGUUACCUUGAAGUUUGUCCUUAAAGUUGUUAUAAUUGUAAGAAACAGAACAAGUAACACAUAUAAAACUAUUUUCUAUGUCUUGAAACUAUUUUCAAUAUAUAAACCUCGUCAACUGUAUUUUGUAAGUUAAAGUUACUUUUGUAAGAACUUGCUAUAUUUUUUUUCUGCUUAACUGUGCUUGUAAAUAUUGAAAAUAUUUAUUUAUUUAUUUUUCUUCUAUUUUAAUUGUAUCUGAGACGCUUCUUAUGCUUAAAUUGAUUAAAACUAUAGUUUUUUAAACUGAAACUGCAAAUUUUUGGGCAUAUCAUUGUUUUUAUCCGUAAUGUAAAAAAAAA